CAGAAAUUCAUUUACUAAACUUUUUAAUAAAGUUUGGAUAAGGUGGUGGAUUUAUAUAUUAAGUAGCGUGUAAAAUAUAAAAAGCUAAAAAAUAAAAAAGGCAAUCGAUUGUAUUUUUAGCUAACAUAAAUAUUGUAUAUUCGUUUUCUUAAUCGCAUACAUAACUCUACGUAGAGAAAUGGCUAUGAAAUUUCUGCAUGUUUCAACAAUUUUCGCUUUGAUAUAUCUAUGUUACGGAUAUGUAAUAGACGAAAAAUCGUUGUUCUCUGAGAAUAUAGAAUCUGAAAAUGAGUACGUUGUAACUACACUGCCUUCCUUUGUACACGACGGUCAUUUUCCCCAUAACUGUUCACAAAGAGAAAGAAGAAAGGCACAACCAAUAUACAGUCGGCACUCACGUUUAAAGAAGUGCUGCCCCCUGGGUGAGAGCUUGAGCCUGACUGAAGAGGAAGACAACAGAGCAUUGUGUGUAUCGACAAAUAGAAAUAUUCAAUAUAGGGUUUUGAAUGUGACUCUCUAUGACAGCUGCAUUGAAGAUAUGGAAACUGAUUUAAAUCUUCCAGUCGAAAUCGGGAACCCCUGCAAUACGUCCUUUUUAUACAACAGCGGAGAUGAUUUAUUUUAUGUUGUACAAGACGGUUCCCUACUUGUUAUGGACACUUAUGCAAAUGAAACGUACACCAUGGAGAAUAAGUACUGCAUUGAUAUAGAAAAUUCAUCGGGGACCACAUAUGCUAUUGUAUGCAUCACUGCAGUGGAUGAGCAUAUCAACCGAAGUCAAAUUCUAAUUGUUGGUAUUUUAAUGCUGAUUUCUAUACCAUGUCUUUUAUUGGUAUCUUAUGUCCACUUUCGAAUAAGAGAAUUGAGAACACUGCAUGGAAUGACACUAAGCAUCAUGUCCGUCUGCUUGGCGACAGGGUAUCUUCUAUAUUCUUUGGUGCAUCUAUUCAAAUUGGAUGAUCAUAACUUUGGAUAUUCUGUUCAAUUUUUCAUGCUGUCGUAUUACUUUUGGUUCUUCUGUCUUUGCUGUAAUGUGUGCUGUAAUAUCUGGCUUCACAUUUCACUUAACAAAGGAAAAACGUACAAUGUGCGACUAUUGUAUAUGACAAUUUAUUGUGUUUUCUCCUUUACUGGAUCUUUAAUAUUGGUUAUACUCACUAAGCAAAAGGGCCUCCCCGGAAUGCCUUCGUACUUUAUACAAGGUUACACAGAAUCCAUUAGGGAGUCGCAACGAUACUUCAUUCCUCCUGUAUCCACGCUACUACUUUUCUCUUUCUUUGUGAUGGCUGCAACAUUCUUCGGGUUUCAGAAAUUUAAAAGUCGUGGUAUUUCCUUAGCAACAAGUCCGAUUUCUGAUGUGGCCUCCCCUAAGGAUUUAAAAAUUUACGAAGAAGUUAAAAAAGACGCAAAAUGUAUUAGUUUGCUCGGUUUAAUACUUAUAUGCACUUGGUUGCUGGAAAUUGUUACAUUCUAUUCUCCUGGGCCACAGAUAUAUUUGAUACUGAUGGACAUGAUAAAUGGCCUGCAAGGAGUAUUCGUGCUUCUUAUAUUCCUCGUGAUUCGAAGAAGAAGAACAAUAAUAUUCCAAUGGUGGAAUGACCGAGGAUCAUACGUUGUAGAAAAGGUUGAAUUAGAUAUCUUAAAUUGAAUGUAUUUAGGGAAAAUUUAAAAUAAAAAUAUGAUCAAAUUUAAAAAAAA